AUGGCUGCCGGCGGAGAUGAAGCAGGCCCUAGUUCGGGAAGGCGACAACGUUUUACUGCCCAACAAGCCCUUGGUUUGUUCCAAACUCUUGCCAGUGAUGACAACUUAGCGAGAGAAAGUGAAGUAGAAUUUAGUGAUGGUGGUUCUGACAGUGAUGGCGAGCGGAAUGCGAUGAACUUUGAGUCUGAUAGUGAUAGCUCUAGUGACACUGAAGGAUCAGCUGCUCGGCCACGCCCACAAACUCACAUUGUAAACAAUGCAGCAACUGACUGGGUUGAAAUCUCGCAAAAUCUAGGACUAGAUCUAACCCCACUUCACCUACAGAAUAUUCUUACAACAAGAAACGAGUUUGGAGAUCCCCUUCCCCCUAGAUCUAACCGAAGACAAGUGCCAGGGGUGAACGCAAACCUUGACCAGUCAUCCAGUCCUCUGGACUGUUUGAAAGUAAUCCUCACACAGGACAUUAUUGAAGAUCUUGUCAAGUCUACAAAUGAGUAUGCCGAGAAAAGGUGCAUGCCACAUAGGCCUUCAAUAAGAAAACGGUCGGUUUACCAUACUUGGGAGAAAGUGUCGGAGUACGAGAUGGUGAAGUUUUUCUGUGUGCUCAUAGCUAUGGGCCUUGAAGUUAGACCUAGUGUUCGCGACUACUGGUCAACAGAAGAAAUCAUGUAUAAUGCUUUCUAUCACACCAUGUUUCGAAGAGAACGAUUCGAAAGCAUUUACCACACCAUGCUUCACUGCUCUGAUCCAGACAGUGAGAACAAACACAAAAUCGAACCGCUGAUUGAUGCUGUCAUGGAGGCCUCCAGAGAAGCAUUCUACUCGUUUCAAAAUUUGUCUAUAGAUGAAAUGGUCGUGGGUUUUACUGGACGAUGGAAGUUCAAACAGUACAAUCCAUCGAAACCCAAAAAGUAUCAUAUCAAGACGUUUGGACUGGUCGACUCCACUACGGGCUUUGUCUUACGUGUUUUCCCUUACUUUGGGAGAGAUACGUCCUACAACCCUGAACUGGAUCAUGACUCUGGAAUGGCCAUCAAAGUUUUUGAUACGCUCCUGACAGAUGUUGGAACUGGUCAUCAUAUUUUUGCUGACAGGUAUUACACGACAGAAGCCCUGGUCAGGUACCUUUCAGGCCGUUCGUUGUACUACACUGGUACUCUGAAUCUGAACAGGAAAAAUUUCCCACCUCAGCUGAAAAACAUCAAAACGAUGAAGCACAUGGAGGCAAAGCACUACCUGAGGAAUGACGAAUCCAUGCUCAUCACAGCGUGGAAGGACAAAAAGGCUAAAAAGCCUUGUGUUCUUGUGUCAACCAAAGCAGACACAUCCUUCCUCACCAAUGCAAGGAACAAGACAAAGCCAGCAGUUGUGAACAACUACAACAUGUCCAUGGGUGGCUGCGACAAAGUCGAUCAAAGGGUCACAUACUAUAGCAACACCGACCGAAAGUCAUACAAAUGGUGGAAAAAGCUGUUUUUUUGGAUUUUCGAAAUAGCGCAGAACAAUGCGUUUGUCCUCUAUGCUCUUACGAGAGAACAGGGGACAGCAAAGAUGAGCAUGAAAGCUUUCAAGCUGAAGCUCCUGAAGCAGCUUCAAGACAAGGCAGCGACAUUGAUGCCUGCAGAAGAGGUCGAGAACCACACCCCAAAAAGGAAAAAGCCCAGAGAGACCAACCCUGUUGAUCGUUUUCAGGGCUCCAAACACCUGAUCCAGUGGACAGGAAAAGACAGGGACUGUGUGUAUUGUAGUGAGCAGAGUAAGGGCAAGCGCAAAAGAACAACGUUUAUUUGUUCAGGAUGUGAAAAUCGGCCUUACCUCUGUGCGAAGAUCUGCUUCGAGAG